AUGGAGCGUACCAUCGAGCAACGUCUUAACAUCAAAUUUUGUGUCAAACUCAAGAAAACGCCUACGGAAACUCUUCAAAUCAUCAAUGAGGUUUACGGUGAGGAAGCUUUAUCCAGAACUCAAGUCUUCCAGUGGCACAAGAAUUUCCGAGAAGGCCGUGAUGACGUCCACGACGAACAGCGCGCCGGACGUCCAUCAACCAGUCACACGGACCCAAAUGUGCAAAAAGUGCGUGAAGUGUUGAACACUGACUGUCGCCGUCGUAUGAACAUUCGAGCAAUCGCAGAAGAGGUCGGGAUGGAUAAGAUGAACGUUCACGAUAUUGUUGAGAACGAUCUGGGUAUGAGGAAGAUUUGUGCAAAAUUGGUGCCAAACUACCUGACGGACGAGCAAAAGGAGCGUCGUCUGCCGGAUACGGCACCACUGAACUUCUUCCUAUUCCCCAAGGUCAAAUGA